CUUUUGUAAUAUUCUAAAUGUUUCUAAUCCAUGAAAGGUUUAAUUUACAAUGACAGUAUUUAAUCAUUCAGCUUAUUUAUCUUUAUUUACAAAAUAAUGAUACAAUUGUAUCUAAUCAAAGUGUAUCAGCUCCCCAGCGUGGUAUGGAGGGCGUUUUCUGGGUUUUCCGGUGUGGACAUCCGGAAGUUGGUAGAGAUGACGGCUAAAGCGCACUACGUGGAUGACGCCAAGAGGGACGCCAAGAUAGAGGAGAUUGUGUGCACCAUAGACCGUUGGCUCGAGGGCAACCGACAAUACCACUGGAACUGUCUUGUGCGCAUGCGUCAAAAACUGUCACGCCUCUGUUUCUGUCUGAAUCGCCGCGAGGGAACUUAUCUCACCGGCCUAUACCUUAUAUCCAAGCUGAUGUUUUGUGUCAACGUGGUCUGCCAAUUCUACAUACUGGACGCUUUCCUAGGCGGUUUCUUCAGGUACUGGGGGAUUGAAGCCAUCCACACCCUAGCAGUGGAGCACCAACUGAAGGAGAGCCGCCGGUUUCCACGGGUAUCGCUUUGUAGCUUCAGCGUUCGUGGCAUACAACAAAAGUGUGUCCUACCCCUCAACCUAUUCAACGAGAAGAUAUUCCUGUUUCUGUGGUUCUGGUUCGUCUUUGUUGCCAUUUCAACCGGGGCAAACCUCAUGUCCUGGAUCUGGCACCUCAUCGUCAGCAGAAAUCGGGUCUCCUUCGUGAAGAAGUACUUGAAAAUCAAGGGCAGAUUAAAAACUACGACUGACAAAAGCCUGUGCACCAAAUUCGGCAAUUAUCUACGCGACGACGGAAUUUUCCUUCUCCAACUUCUCGCCCGGAACUCUAACCCACUUCACGUGACGGACGUCAUCAACGGCCUCUGGGGCCGCUUCCUGGAAAAACCCAUCUCAAAGAAAGUGCUCGCUGACCAACGUCCGCCAAAUGUACAGAAUAACAACAAGGGGGACAACAAAGCUAGUUAUAUAUGACUAGUGUAGCGGAUUAUAGGUGCAUCACGUAUACCGUUACGGUUGUGAA